GUAGAGUUUGGGCGCAAUGCUUUGAAGUGACGAAAUGCCGCUGGUAUCAGAAGGAGUGCUUCUGUUUGCCUUUAAAUAUUUUAUAUUAUCGAAUAUUCUGGUGGCGAUCGGUAUAUACGUAGACAGAUGGGCGGCGAAAACCAUAAAGGGCGACAAUCUAGCCUUUGUCGAUACUCUGGUGCAUUUUGCUCUGGGUUCCGUCAGCUGGUGCAUGGUGAUUUGCAAAGAAAGUUUCGUUCGUAAUUACAGAUUAUACAAGGAACUGUUCUUGUGCGGAUGCUUGUCUAGUUUUAUAGACAUCGAUCAUUUCCUCGUGGCUAAGUCCUUUCGAUUGAGAGAUGCGCUGUCUCUACGACAGAGACCGCCACUUCACUGCACGAGCUUACUGCUUUCUGCCAUUUUGGCACUCGUUGUGCUCGGAAAUGUGUUGGGAAAGGAAUCUGCCCGAAUGGGUCUGCUGUUCCUGACUUCUGCCUACACGCAUCACUUCAGAGAUGGAUUAAGAAGGGGCCUGUGGAUCUGGCCUUUUGGCUCCACUCCGCCCAUUACCAAUCUGUAUUAUGUGAUUUGUAGUCUGACAUUCCCCUUACUAUUUAAUGUGAUAUUGUAUAGCUCGGAAUGGAAGAGCUGGUGUGGAUUUGGCGACAGAAGCAUUAAAUCGAUCAACAUCGUAUAGUUUAUUAAAUUGUGUAAUUGCAAGUCGUUCUCGAAUCGUCACAUGUAGAUGUCAAAUUUAUCAUUAAACAUCUUAAACUGUAUAUAAAUUGUCACCAUAUUACAUUAUGCAUUUUAAUUUUAUUUAUUGUAUAAAAAAAUCUUCACAGAAUGUACAAAAUUUCAAUAAAUAUUUAUUUUUACAUUUAUCUAUAAGAAAGGAAACAUUACAGUAUUGAAGAACUGCACUAUUUUAUUUCCUGUCCACAUGAAACAAC